GGGACCGUCCCGUGACCCUUAAAAAACAACGCCCGCCGUUCCGUAUCGCUCCCGCGUCCGCGUUCUUUUGACCGCUCCCUCCUCUGCUCUGCUUCUUUCGGAUCCAGUGCUCACUGUCUGCUUCUAUAUGUUGACUUCCAAGUCUUCCCCAGCUUUGCCCAAAGUCCCAUUUCACCAGACACAUCCUCUCUUCACACUGACACCGGCACGUUCACCGGAAACCACCGCCGGUCUCUUCAUCGCCUCUGCCCGAGUCUAUCUUCAGUGGGUCUUCUUGAAUCAGCAAUUCCGGGUUUUGUCGGGCAGCGAGCUCCGCAAUAAAGGUCAGGAACUCAUCAUGGUACGGAAGAAAGAUCCAUUUUGGCAUUAUGUAGAACCUGCUGCGGAAGGUCGAUUCAAAUGCAAAUAUUGUGGACGAGAUUUCGCAGGGGGUAUUCCAAGAGUUAAGUCCCAUUUAUCUGGUAUUAAAGGCCGUGACAUUGAUAUAUGCCUUAAGGUCCCUGAAGAUGUUCAGGUUGCUGCCCGUGAAGCAAUUAAUGGGGUCAAAAGGAAACAAAAGGCUGAAGCCUCUUCAGAUGAUGCUCAGAUCUCUGCUCUAGAUGCAACUAAUGGCACAAAUAAGAGACCCAAAGUUGAAGCAUGCUCAGCUAUAAUCUACCAAGCUGUUCGAAGCUAAAGACCAAGCUUAUUCCUAAUUUGGGGAUGGAAGUUGCUGCAUCUGUGAAAAAUGUGAAAAGUUCAUGGGAACGGACUGGCUGUACGCUAAUAAGUGACAUUUGGUGCGAUG